AGCAAACCUAAGAUUCAACAUCAAGCUCUAGUUCCAGUCUGAAAUGUAAGGGUGCCCUGCCUACCCGAUACUUUCCUUUUUCCUUGAGCACUAGAGAUACUGUGUGGACGAGGCCAAGAUUUCCCUGUGCAACCGGACUUGAUAAAGGUUACCAUACAGACAACGGUGAAUCCCGCCUUGUUUGCUUCAGGAAAUCCUGGACAAAGGCCAGCAACCGGCCUUGGUCAGACCCAUUUCUUGGGUCCCAACUGUGAACCCUGCUUCUUUCUUCUCUCUUCAACAGCCGGGAAGAAUUCAUGAGGCAGUCGUGGGUGGCUCUCCAGAUCGCGCCCUCGCUGUUUAAGUCACUUUCCUUCCGCCAAUCAGAGCCAUCUGUAACGUGAGAAGCUGGGCUUCCCAAACAGUCAGUCGGUCGACUCGCGAUGCCGCGAACGCCAAGUCAACUCAGACCGCGUCCACAGGAACGCCCUUCAACCGCCAUGCGAUCUUUCACGCCGCAAGGCAAUCCUCCAGGUUCGGCGAGACGUCCUUCGGCCAGCGCCGGGUCCCAGUUCCGCGCAACCGUCAGCGGCGGCCUUCCGCGGCCCAGCGCAUCGCUCCGGGAAUCGAGGGUAGGCCUAAGCGUGACGCGCCGCCACUACGCGCACGCCGCUGACAAGACGCAGAUAGCCAGUUUUCGAAAUAGCACCACCACGCAACCGUCCUACAACAUCCUCACCGGCGAACCCAGCACCUCGCCCGGCAGCACCAUGGCGCGCCCGAGCUCGCGGCAAGGUGCGCCGUCGGGCCCCUCACCACCGCGCGGACGAGCGGCGACCGUCUCGAGCAACCUUAGCCGCGAGAGCAGUAAAGAGAACCGCCCACCGCCAGAUGCGGAAGAGUACGAGACGCAGCGCAAGCGCAUCGAAGAGCUCAAGGCUGAGGUCGGCACGCUGCGAUACCAGAUCAGCAGCUUUGAGCAGGAGAAGGAGCUGGCGCGGCUACAGAUGGAAAACGAGCUGCGAGAGACCAAGCGACGCGCCGAGGAGGAUUUCAAGGCGAAACAGGCUGCCGAGGCGGAAAAGUCGAGAGCCCAGCGGCAGGUUGAGGCGUUGCAGAACGAGCUGGAGGACCUGAGAGCAGAAAAGGAGCAACAAAAGCGGGAGUUGGAGGCGAAGGCAAGGGAAGCGCUUGAGGAGGCCAGAUUGCUCCAGGAGCAGCUGGAAGAGCUGAGCGCGGCGAAAGACGAGGCUGCACGCAUGGCCGAACGCGAGGCGAUCGACCUGAGGGCGAAGCUUGCCUCCUCACAACGGACAAUUCAAGAGUUGGAGGACGAGAGCAGGGCGCGGGGAACGGCUCUGGAAACGGCGCAGACGCGGCUGGCCGAAAGAGAGGAAAUCAUUGGGAGGUUAGAAGCCGAUGUGCUGCGCCUGAAGGCGCAGACGGGUGACGCCGAGACAAUUGCAGUCAUUCGAAGGGAGCUGACCGACCAGGUCACCCACAUACGCACACUAGAGGCGAAGAACAGAGAGCAAUUAACGGAGCUCAGACACCUCCGGCAAGUCCACAAGGCUGUCGAGGUGGUCGAGGAGGAGAAGCGCUCGCUCCAGCGCAGGCUAGAGGCCGCCGAAUCGAUCGAAAACGAGCUCGGAGAAGAAAGGAGACGACGGCAAAGGUUAGAGGACGAGAGGCGGGCUUGGACGGCCUACUUGCAAAGCGAGGGAGGCGCAGACGGCCAGGUGGAGUUCGACUCGCCGGAAGCUCUGGCUAGAGCGUUGGUCGCUGAACGCCUGCACUCGGCGUCACUCCUGGAAAAGUUGGGAGAGUUACAACCCGAAAUCGCCGAUCGGGACAACAUCAUCAAGGCUCUGGAGGACGAAAAGGCUGGGCUGCUGAACCAGAUCGAAAAACUCAGAACGGCUGGGGGCUCGGGCUCGGGGAACGACAAAGUUCGUGCACGCCUCGAUCGCCAGCGCGCCCUCGCCGUCAAAGAAGUCGAAUAUUUGCGCGCGCAACUUAGGACGUUCGAUAUGGAGGACAUGACGCUGCAGCCCGAGACCAUCGACCAGCAGAAAGCCAAGCGUAUCCAGGAGCUUGAGGAUUUGGUCGACAAGUACAAAGCCGAAGUCAGUACGCUCCACGCCGAUCUCACAUCGCUCGAAUCGGCCUCCACCAGCCCGGUACAGCCCGUGGUGGGCAGCAAACGGGCCCGCGAGACGGACGAAGCCGAGCACGAGCAACUGGGCCAGCUAGCCCGCAAGAACCGCAAGCUCCAGUCCGAGCUCUCCGACCUCCAAGCCGCCCACCGGCUCCUCCAAAAGGAGCACGAAGUCACCGUCGAACAACUCGCCUCAGCCAAGGAACAGCUCAAAACGCGCAUCCUCUCCCUCAAGUCCAACCCGACGUCAGACCACGAAGCGACGAAAGCGGCCACGCUGGCGGCGCUCAAGCUCGAAAACUACGAACUGCUCCGGCACAUCGAGCGGCAGCCGACGCUCUUCGCCACGGUGCCGGCGUCGCAGCUGGCCGCCGCGCAGCGCGAGAUCGCGGAGGCCAAGGCGGAGACGGCGUCGGCGCGCAAGACGGCGAGCCGGCUCAAGGAGGUCUGGGCGGCCAAGUCGGCCGAGUUCAAGGAGGCCGUCUUCUCGACGCUCGGCUGGACCGUCACCUUCAUCCCCGGCGGCAAGAUGCGGGUCGAGAGCGUCUACUACCCGUCGCGCACGGACGAGCACGAGAACAGCAUCGUCUUCGACGGCGAGAAGGGCACCAUGAAGGUCGGCGGCGGCCCGCGCAGCCCGUUCGCCCAGCGCAUCGGCGACAACAUCAAGUUCUGGGUCCGCGAGCGGGGCUGCGUGCCGUGCUUCCUGGCCGCGCUGACGCUGGAGUUCUGGGAGGAGCAGUCCAGGGGUAGCGGCGCGGGCGAGGACGGGGGGAGUGGGUGAUAGCAAUGGGUUUUUUCGUCCCUCGCUGGGGUUGCAACAAUGCAGGCAUUUGCGUCUUGAUAUUGAGUAUAUUGGUGGUGGCCUUACCAGUUAGACUUUGUCGUACGACCAGUGGCGAGCACUCUCAGUGUUCCACAUGAUUUUUUUCAGGCGUAGGGAGAGAGCCCGGCAAGCUUCGUUACCUACCUGGUAAUUACAGUGGACAUGAAUCUGAAGGACGAGCUCUUUCCAACUCAACUGAAAGAUCUCAGCGAUGCCUGAGCGCCGUUUGAGAGGUGGGUGGGUACUGGAAAUUUCACGGGUUACGGAACAGUUACUCUUUCAUCUGUUCAGCUGACCAGUCCGUUCGUAAAAUGCAAUAUACAGAAUAAGAAGAUAUGAAGUUGCAUUAUAAGUCUG